AUGGGAGUUUCACAAUCAACAUUUAGUUCUCUCCCUAAGUGUGUUUGCGACAAUCAACUAUCAAUACAUGAGGAAAACAUGGAUGGAGAGGCUCACUGGAUUGAAAGUUCUCAGAAAUUCUGCCCUCAAUGCAAACGCCUGUUGAAGAAGCAACCACUCAGAAAACAUCAAUCCUUCAGCGACUCACUUCUUCAGAAAACAGAAUCUGCAUCUAGUGUAUAUCUCUCCUCAUCUAAAUCCCUUCCUUCUGUGAAUAGAAAUGGUCAUCUCGUGCCGAGUACUCCUCCAAAAUCUGCUUUAACAAUCAAGCUAUCUACACUUGCUUCAUCAGACGAUAAUCGGCCUGUAACAUGUCCUUCCACUCCGCCAAAACCCUCCAAGCUCUCGACAACAACUUCCUCCCCAAUGACCUCUCCAAAUUUCCCAUCAUUAAGAGGAAGUAGUUUUACUUCCCCACAAUCUUCUUCCUCCUUUGAUCAUUACUCUUUUCAAACUAAAUUAGCCAGGUCUUCGAGUAAGAACCUGAUGCUCCUAGGUGCAACACCAAUUCCCAUUGUUAAGGUAAAGAAAAAGCCUUCGUGUCACUCGUUACCAACCUUUUCACCUCCCCUCAGUCCACCAAAGUUGGAAAAACUUGAACCACCCUCAAUGGAAGAUGUUCAAAAGAUUGCUCUUAAUCUUGGAACAUCUUUUCCAAAUCAUGGCACAAAAUCAUUUCCAAUCUAUAUUUUACCACCACAAGAAGCACCAGAAUAUUUCAAUCCUAAAGGUAAAAAGUUAGGUGAUCAUCGAUCUCAAAUGGAAGAUAAGCAAUUGAAACGAAGAUUCAGAAGAGUAAUUGUUCAGUGA